UAACAAACAACUCGAGUCUUUCUUUGUCUACUUGGGAAUCGUACAUGGAACUUUACCCCGAUCACGCAUCAGAUAUUCUAAUAUGCUACUGUACACAUCAGUAAUCAAUCCACUCAUCAUAACUGGUUCAGAUAUCUGCUACAUUCAACUAUAACCAACUUUCAACGAUCGUGAAGCGAUGAAGCAGCGACAUAUUAGACAGCCUGCUCGAGACAUGGCACCCACAUCCCUUUCAUACACCGCCAUCAACGGUGCAUCUAAUCCGAGUUUCCUCGGGUCCCAAGAGCAUCGUACCCAAGUCAGCAGAUUCAUCACAGAAAGUCUCUUUGGGACAACCGCAACAUACGAAAGCUUGACUCCUAAAGAGACGGUACGGCAGCAAACUCGACAGGACAACUGGGAAAAGCCAGCACGCGCUAUCCUAUCCGAGGCCUCAGCCGCCGGCAUAAUCGAAACCAACAGUCCUUUUCUCCAAAGAAGUGGCUGUACUUUACUUCCAUCAGCUCAACUCGAACGAACCCGAACCCCACCACAAUACCAUACACCCCGGGAUAACACGGGCAUCACACAACCCUUGCUAUCACUGCUCUCACCACCACCCUCCCACUCACACCCACCACGCCCCCUACCCUCCUCCCAAUUCGAAUGCGGCCAGCGCACCACCUGGACGCCCCCCCUCUCAUCGCCCACACUCCCCCACUGCUUGCUAUCCCCCAAACAAGAAUUGCGCCAGAAAUACCGCUUUGUCACCCCCGUCAUACCAGACGUACCUCAACUACGCGAGCCUCUUCACAUUGACGCUGAACCCAACGUUGCGCUAGAAAAUCUGCAAGGAGGGGAGAUGGACGAGAUGAUUGCGGUUAUAGAUGAGGAAAUAGCGUUGUAUGAGAUUAGAGAGAAGUACGAGGAGGCGGUGGGAGGGCAUUGCUGGCACGGUAUAAUGGGUUGGUGUGGAGGUGGCGGAGGGAGAGGCUGAUGCAUGGGGAAAAGCAGAAAGGGAGUAGUGGAUAGAAACAGAGGGUUGAUGUAGAAUAUUGGAAAUAGAAAAAAAAUAUAGAUUCUCUCUUUCUUCUCUUACUUGUUUGGUGCUGGUCUUCGUAGUGACUAUGGU